AUGGCGUCUCGUCGGGCGGAAUCGACUAGCUUCGGAUGGCUUUCGGUCGCGCCCUCUUUGCUGGUGCCAUCACUGUCACUGGUGGGCUUUGCCCUGCUUCUUCGCUUCCCUCCGCACUCUGAGGCACAGGAGAGGCUCGAGCUCAUCUCGCUUUGGGAAGAGCACCUGGCUUAUGAGUUCGAUCCGGCCAAGAAGAGCACGGCAGAGACCAUGCGAACCAUGACGCGUUCUUCGCCUCCCUCGGUGGCCCAUCUCCCGACCCUUGUGGGCGGCUCUGGGCUGGAUCUGCUGUCCUACUUCUACGAGAACCAUUUCAUCUUCCAGAACCCUCCCAUGCAGCUGCUGCCGCUGAAGCGGACGGUUAGUGUGGCCGAUGGGUCGCUGGUAGAUGAAAUGGUGGUAUGUUUGAACCACACCUCCGAAGUGGACUGGAUGCUGCCUGGGGUACCCCCGACGCACCUUCCCAUUCGUAUCCCUCUAGUGGCCAGCGUCUCCUUCGGCAAGGAGGAGGGCCGCUGGAAACUCACUUCCGAGCGCAUCUACUGGGAUCAGGCCUCAGUGCUUCGGCAGGUUGGGCUCUUGGAGCACAAGGAUUUGCCGAUUUCCGGGAAGGAGCAAGCAGAGUUGGCCCUGGGAGGACAGGGAUACAAUGAGAUGCUUAAAGCCGGCGGUGUGGGGGAGAGGUUUCACCCGCCCAUCAUCGGCCAGAGCUAA